UUGCAAAACAAAUCAAUCUUGUUGUUUUGAUGCUUGUAGUCAGACGGUAGUAAAAACGGUGAAGAAGUCAAUAGUGUUGAAUUACUUAUAGACCGGAGAAUUUUUUAUACUGAUAUGACAAAUUAAUGAGAAAUUCGUUGACGAAAAGAAAAGUUCAACGACUGUCAAGCUGAUUUCCAGUUCGACACCACAUUUUAAUGUGGAGUCUCGCGAUUAAACAUUGCCUUAAAAGCACUCGGCCUUCAGGGUGGUCAGUUUUUUAAACCGAAGAACAAUGAUGACUCCCUAUCAAUGAACAACACCAACCGUGACGAUAAUGGUCGCACUGCUUAUAAAGAGAAAGUUGACGAGAGAACAUAUCAGGAACAUGAACAAGCGACAUACACUUAUUCAAGCCAACUUGAAAUUGCUGAGAAAACGGACAACAAAAUACUCAAUCUGAAGCUUCUAGCCCCGAUGCACACCAAUGAAUAUCCCAAUUUGGUUGGGUUGUCGCAAAAAUGGAAUUGCGUUGACAAAUCAGUGAUGCAUCGCGAAAAGUUUGAAAUGAUGCAAAAACAUUGGCUUGAACAUCCAGGUGAUAUUAGAAUUAAAGGCGAUGUACGUGUGAUUUUCGAUAAAAAGUUCUUGAUUGGCAAAGGAAGUGGUGGAACCUUGGUUUAUCUUGGUUUGGGAAGGGAUGGUUAUGGAAAAGCUGUAAAACGAAUCCUUAAUAAUAGCUGUAUCCAUUCUGCUCUACGAGAAAAGAAUGUUUUGCAUGAGCCAAACGCAAAGAAGUCGAAGCAUGUUGUAAAUUAUUGGAACUUCGUAGAAGAGGAAGGAGAAGAUUUUGUCUAUUUGAUAUUAGACUUGUGCGAACAAACUUUGACAAGUUUUGUUGAGUCUACUAGUUUAGAUAAACUUCACGAAGCUCUUCCCGCAAUCCUUAAGCAAAUUUUAAAUGGAUUAUCUGAUCUUCAUAGUGGCCCAAGUUCUAUUCUUCAUCGGGAUUUAAAGCCUUCUAAUGUUCUUCAAGACGUGAAAGGCAAAUUUAUGAUAGCUGACUUUGGUAUUAGUCGAAUAUUGAAAAGUGGCGAUAAAUCACAUGUAAGCUAUCCUAAUAGGAGAACUCAGUAUUGGAUUGCACCUGAAUCCUUGAAUGAUGGUCGUUACAAGAAAGAGUCUGAUAUAAUGAGUGCAGGAAUGGUGGCUUAUUAUGUUGCAACAAAAGGGGAACAUCCUUUUGGACCUCCAGAGUAUAGAAUGAAAAACUUGUUCGAUGGAAACCCUGUUGGCUUGAAGAAAAUCGAUGAUGUUCAACUUGAAGAUCUUCUUUCAUGGAUGCUACAACUAAAACCAGAAGACAGGCCAUCAGCCAACGAUGCGUUAAAACAUCCUUAUCUACAAUCCGAUGAGGAGAAGUUUGACAUGCUGUGUGAUGUUGGGAACCAACCAGAGAUAAAGCCAUCGAAAGGUCAAAAUUCGCAUGUUCGUAAGCAGUUGGAUUGUCAUUCAAAAUGGAUGAAGCUUAUCGACGAUAAAGUAUUAGAAGAUUUCAAAACCUUUAAAACAAAUGGCAAAAAGAAAACUUUGACUUACAAGCCUACAUGGGCAAGUUGUUUAAGAUUCAUUAGAAACGUGAAUGAGCAUUGGAAGGAUAAGCCUCGUCCACAUCUAUCGCCAUAUGUUAAAGAAGGAAACUAUAAAAAGUACUUUUUGCAACAUUUUCCCGAUCUUCCUCUUCGUGUGCAUAAAAUCAUAAGGUCAACUGACUGGAAAACAAGACCUGAUCUCAAGAAACAUUUUACCUAUACUGAAUAUCAUGUGAAAAUUGAAGAAGUUAGUGGAAAGAAAAGCAAAGAGGUCAUGGACAAUCUUGAUCUUGACGCUUCUGAAGAAAAGAAAUCUUUGCUAUAUCUACUAAAUGAUAAUGACAGUGAUGCUGAUAUUGGUAUAACGUCUACAUCAGGACCUACUUCUUACGAAAAGAUAUCUUUGUCAUCUCCUAUGAGUGACAACUACUAUGAAGACAUUGACAAAACCCCUUCUACAGCAGUACUUGAUGAUAAUAACAGUGAAGUCAUCAUUGGUGUUUCGCCUUCCACAUCAAAACCUGAUGCGGAUGAUAAUUUGGAUGAACACAUUAAAAUCUUUAAAAGUAAUUUUCUUGACAAACGCAGUAACAUUAAAGCUGACGUGUGUAAUGUACUUGAAAGUUUCACGUGGCUUCAUGGAGAGUAUGGAACAGCUGGCCCAAACGAGAAGAUGCCAUUUCCUCACUUAUAUGUCAUGGUUGAUGAUAGUCAAGAAAAAUCGAAUGAAAUUAUAAAGAAAGAGAUUGAUGGAAAAUUUGGAUGGGAAGCUUCGAAAUAUAUUGAUUUGCCACGCAAAGCACCUAAAAAAGCAAAUUUCCGAUUGCUGUCUGAUUUUCGCGCUGGAAGAAAAGAUCAAAAUGACGUUGGAUCUCGUGGUACAUUGACAAUGAUUUGUCAAAAGGAAGAACGGUAUUUUGCUUUAACUUGCGCACAUGUUGGUGUUGUUAGUGACUUUGUUGACUACCAAGGCGUGUUCAAUGGCGAAGGCUGGUUGGAAAUUCGUGAUGCUGUGAAGUCUAAUUUCACGACAUAUAACAUGGUUUACUUUUACAAACCUUCUCACAACGACAGUGAGGUGCAACUUGACCAUGACCGCAACGACGUGGUUUCGCGGUUCGGCAAAAAAACAGACAUAAUGCGUAUUUCUGUUGGUGAAACAGUUUUCAACAGGUGCCUUGGAAAAUACAUGAAACGUUUUCAAUUAAGUUUAGAAAAUGCAAAUGACGAGCUUUAUCGACGAGUUGUUCUGAAAAAUGAACUCGUUGACGCACGCAUUACUGCGAACAACAAAUCCAAGCAUAGUAAGAUCACAGGGUACAAUUAUUCUUAUUGGUGCCAAUAUCUAGAAAGGUCUAUAUUUAGAAAUGCAGUCAAGAUUCAAAGUGAUGUGUCAUUUUUUGAGGAUGGUGACUCUGGUGCUCUUGUUUACUUUUUGGAUGAAAACGAUAAUUGGGAACCGUUUGCGUAUGCUGUUGCUGAAGUCGUAGGAGAUGGCAAUGAAGAUGGUAUUGAGAGUAAUGAUAGUGAUCGUGAGGUUUGUUUUGCCGAACCUGCGAGGACUUUUAUUUGCUUUAAAUUGGACAAAGCUUUGGAGAAACUGAACCUUGAGAAUGGCGAAUAUUUUCGAAGAAAUGAUUCGACGGGUAUCGCCAAUUCAAUCCUUCAUGUUCUAAAAGUGGGGAAAAAUUAUCUUACUGGAAUAUUCAAAAAAACAUCCUAAGGGUGCUCUUAUUUUGGAGUUUAAUGAGCUAACUUUAUUGAACGUAAUCAAUUUUAAUUAGCACUAAUGACAAAAUUAAUGUAAACUAUGAUUCAUUUAGAAUUCGCGAUUUGACCACAAUGGUGAAUCCAGUAUUGGGCAGUAAAUCACAACCUUACUUUUGGAUUAUUUUAAAAUUUGAACCUUUUUACUUGUAAUUAGAUUAGCAGGACAUAACUGAUUCUUUGGAAAUACUUAUGAUCAAUUACAUUGUUAUAAAACAUGUAAUAUGUAUUAAAGCUACAAUUUAUUUUCCAAA